UGGUUCCUGAGCAAGUCAGCUACAAAAUACUAUACAAGUUUGACAAGAUACAUGUCAUGGAACAGAACGAUACUAAGUCUUGACAGAAAACAUUAUAUAACUGUCUAUCGAAGUCGAUGAUCUCCAAUAUAUCAUCUUGUCGUAAGGCUGGCCCUAUAGUUAUCUUGCGAUGUCUUUGGCUUCCUUGAACCCAGUGGAUAAUAAGAUUUCAGCAGUUCUCUCGCGACUGGAUAAUAUUGAGAGCAUUCUUAAUGGUAUUGAGGCAAAUACACGCGCAAGCGACGAUUUGGUGAACCAUGUAUUUAGAGAUGACUUGAACGAAAAGGUAACGGUGAACAUAAGAUGCUCCAUCAUCUCGGUGGGUGACAUAGACACGGUGAGGCAAGAGUUCAAAUGCGACAUCUUCGUUUGCGCCACCUGGAGGGAGCCGAGACUUCAAGGCAAGGAGAAUAAGGAUGUAGACUGGAGCGAGGAAUGGAACCCAAGGAUCACCUUUUUCAAUGCUGUUUCAAUAGACAGUAAUCAGAAGAAACGCAAUUUGAUUUACUUACCAGGGGACGACGUCCCACUAGCACAGGAAAGUUAUAGACUCGUGGGCACCUUCAAGGAGAACCUCGAGCUCUAUGACUUUCCCAUGGACUGCCAGGAACUGACGGUGACUCUCAUGUCCGAUUGGACCGAUCGCGUGGUUGAGUUUCGCAAGGACAUGACGCGCAUGGACAACGUACGCCACGAGACAUUCACAGCAGUACACGAGUGGGAACUCGGAGACCACGUGGCGACAGAGGCGACGAGAACAAAGGAUAACCAAGCGAGCAGCGCUAAUAACUACCCAAUAUACCACAUAAGAGCACAUGUGCGGCGCAAGAACGGGUAUUAUCUAUGGAACGUCGUCACGAUCAUGCUGCUGAUUGGUGCUCUGGCAUUUGCGUCAUUCUCCGUCGACAUAUCUGCGCCCGCGGACAGACUCAGCGUCACCUUAACGCUUCUGCUGACAGCUGUGGCGUUCAAGUUCGUGGUAUCGCAAAGUCUGCCCACCAUUUCCUAUCUCACUAUACUGGAUAAGUACGUGCUCGCUGUGCUGGUGUUUUUGUGCGGUGUAGCGGUGGAGAACGCGGUGGCUGCUGCUAUCUCCCGUCAAUCUGUCCAAAAGCUCUUUGACCGCAUCUGUCUCUAUGUGUUCGUCGGCAUUUAUGUACUCAUCCAUAUUAUCGGGCUGAUCGUAGUCAUCAUCAAGACAAGGGGAGUAUCCCAGCGAAUGGCGAAUCUCUCUCGUGCUUACAAGGAUCGGUCGAGAGAGAUCGCGGGAUGGCUAAAAAAGGCAGAGAAAGAAAAGCUAGAACAAGAAAACAAGCCAAAAAACACGAUCCAUGUAGCAAGCUUAUAAACAAGACUUGUCGUGACAAGAUCCAACUUCAAACUUUAAACUAUAUUAUAAAUUUACGUUCAAAAGCUUUACAAUAAACGCAGCAUUCUAUUCUC